AUGGCUCUCGCUACACUUUUCAUCCCGUAUUCAUUCUAUUUUGGACUAUAUGAUAUUUACUACAAAACCGACACAAAAUUGGAUGAUUUGGAGAGCUCGGAGGCUCAGAAAUUGCUUAUCAAGUGGAUUUUAAAGAAUAUUCUGAUUAUCGCCUACUUUUUUCCCGGAUUACCGCUUCGAUGGUUUAUAAAUGAAACGACAUUGCUGAAAUAUGGAUCGGCUGGAAUCGCUUUGACAACUGUGUGGAUUCCGUGUGUGAAAAAUUCUCCGACACUCACAAUACUUCUAAUGAUUCUCCACGUCAUCUGCUUCGUCGUCGGACCAUUCAACACGUUCAGAAACUUUUUGCGAGGCGGAUAUCGUCAAUACCGCGGAUCUACCCUCGUUCACGGUCGGAAUUUGUUGAAAAUCGGAUCGAUUGGAGUGGCGCUGACAACUGUAUCGAUUCCAUGUGUAAAAGACUCCGCCAAUCUGUUGAUUCCUCUAGUGCUAAUCCACGCGUUCUGCUUUGUCAUCGGACCGCUUCAUUAUUAUAUCCAAUAUAUUCGCGAAUACAUUCAAAGAUUCCAUCGAGAACCCAACGACAAUGAUUUAUUCAUAUUUUCUUGUUUCUUCUGGCUUUUGACUGGAAAUGGAAUCGUGAAGCACUUUAUCAAAGCGCGAGUUCCCGACAAGCUGAUAUUAAUGGAUCAUUUAUCUUAUAUGCUGGUUCCACAGACCCCGCUGGAUUUCGCCAAAGUGGAAAGUGGCCUGGCGAUAAUGCUAUUCGUGUUGACAAUGAUUCCAGAACGAGUUCAUGUGGAAAAGGAAAUGUUGAUAAUUGUGUGCAUUUUUUUGUAUGGUUUAGCAUAUGUCGUUUAUUCUUGUGUUUGUUAUUCAUGUAUUUGA